GAAAAGCACUGAGGUUUCCGGCUUGUCCUAGACCGUUGGGAGAGGUAAGAGGCGUGGCCAUUGUAGGCACAAGGAGGGAACAGCAGCGAUAUGUGGAACCAGCACAACUGAGCUGUACUAUUGGCCAACACCUUCGCCCUUCUGCUACAUGUCAAAUGCCGUCUGAAGAAGGGGAGCACGGACAGAAAUUCAGGAAAGGAAUUUCCUCAUAUUGUGCCUGAAGACGGGGCGAAUUUUACGCAUCAGCACAUUUUCUGACAGAGGAUAUGGCCUUUGAGUUUGGCUCCAUUGAUUUUUCACUCCUCUUGUGGAUGUAAUCGGAGAAGACAGAGCCAGACAGCAAGAGUGUCUCUGGAAAUCCCUGCCUUACUUUAAGUAAUGACUGGAUGGGCACUGCAAUUUCUUGCAGCAUGAGUUCUUACACAGAAUUCAGGACCAUUAAUAAAGACACAGGUAUGUCUGUUGUCUUGUGUAACAACAAAGGACACUACAGCUUGUGAGAGAUGCUACGUUUUCUAUGACACCAAUGUCCUCUUUUGCUGUAAGUACAACUCUGGCUGGAUUCAGGGACAAGGGAUACAUUAUUAUUUUUAUACCUAUCCCUUAGCAUCAUACUAUACCUCCUUAGGAUGAAUUUUAUUUUAAACACAACAAACGAAGUUUGUAACAAAACUGAUGACUUUAAGUAUGUACUAUAUACCACUGUAUUCAGCAUUGUUUUUGUGCUGGGGCUAAUUACUAACAUGGCUGCAAUGUACAUCUUCUUCUGCUCGCUUAAGCUCCGCAACGAGACCACGACAUACAUGAUGAACCUAGUGGUAUCUGAUCUGCUUUUCGUUUUCACGCUGCCUUUACGCGUCUUCUACUUCAUCAAUCGGAAUUGGCCUUUUGGUGACAUGCUCUGCAAGAUCUCCGUCGCGCUCUUCUACACUAACAUGUACGGGAGCAUCUUCUUCCUUACCUGUAUUAGCAUGGACCGCUUCCUGGCAAUCGUUUACCCUUUGUCCUCGAGGUCAGUUCGGACGAAGGGUAAGGCUAAGCUGGUCUGCCUUGCUGUGUGGGUACUGGUUCUGGCAGGCAGUCUUCCGACUGGUUUCCUUCUAAAAAACACAUCAGAAAACAGCGAAAACCAGGCUUGCUUUGAGAACUUUUCCUCCAAGCAGUGGCAGGAGCAUCUGUCCAAAAUGGUGGUGUUCAUCGUGACAGUGGGGUUCCUCAUUCCACUGCUGCUGAACGUGCUCUGCUCAGUCAUGGUUCUCCGGACACUCUGUCAGCCCAGGACCCUGACUAGGGGAGGUCAGCUGAACAAGACCAAAAUCCUGCGGAUGAUUGUGGUUCACCUUCUCAUUUUCUGUGUCUGUUUCAUCCCCUACAACAUCAACCUGAUCUUCUACGCCUUAGUCCGAACCAAAACCCUCAACAAUUGCUUGGCUGAGUCUGUCGUCAGAACGAUCUACCCUAUAGCCUUGUGCCUUGCGGUCACAAACUGUUGCUUUGACCCCAUCGUGUAUUACUUUACCUCUGAGACCUUUCAGAAUUCCAUCAGGCGCAAGUCGCAGCUAAACCGCAACUAUGAAAACAGGGUCACUGAGACCCUGCAGUUUGAACCUUCCAGCUUUCAAAAUAGCCUCAGGGCUCUCAGAUCCAAAGUAUUUCACAAUGAAUCCACAGUGUGACAAGACAGCUACUGCAGACCUCAUAAGAUACAACUUCACUGGAGUCACUGGGCCAAAAAAGGUCAAUGCAGGAAAUCAAGGGACACACAACAGGAAUGCAUACAAAUCUUUUUCUUACUGCUGGGGGCAGUUUUGUGUUUUAUUUCUUGGUUUUAACAGGCAUGCAUGCCCUGAAAUCAUAUGGAGGACUAUUGUAUAUUUUGCCACGGACAUUGACUCCUGGAGCCUGCAUUAUGUAUGUAUGUACAUGGAUGUAUAUAAAGAUACUUUUAUAUCAAUUAAUAAGAUAUUGUGCCAAAUAUAAGUCUUUUUUAAACUA